AGUAAAACCGCCCAUUCCCGGGGCUCCGCCUCGCUGUCGCCAUGUCGCAUGGCAGCGACCUUCGACGCGGCGGAGCGGCGGCGGCUGCGGCAGAGCGCGGAGGCGCUGCGGAGGGGCUGGCAGCACGCGGCACAUCUGCUGCAGGCCAGCGGGGAAUGGCGCGCUUCACAGUGGGCGCCGGUGUUGAAAGCCUGCAGCGAAGAUACCGCCUGGCAAGCCGCAGCAGACCUCCUGGCGCUGGCCAACGUGCGCACAAAGCCCAGCGCUCACAUGCUGAACUUCGCACUGCGGGCGGCGGCGGCCGGUGCCAUGUGGGAAGUGGCCCUUUGGAUGCUUGCAGAGGCCACCAUCGCCAACGUCGUGUCCUUCAACACGGCGGCGCUGGCACUGGCCCGGUGCGCCCAGUGGGGGCAAGGCCUGGCGCUGCUAGGUGCGCAACGGCGCGCAAGUCUGCAGCUGGACAUCAUCUCCUUCAACACCUUCCAGCACGGGCUGGCAGGGGCUACGUGGCAGCUGUCCGUGGCUUCCCUAGCCUUUGGGGUGGAGCUUCGGCUGCCGCUGGAUGACGCCAGCUACAGCUCCACCGUAAUGGCCUGCGCCCGGGAAUUGCAGCUGAAGAGGGCCCUGCAACUGGCGGAUGAGGCGCAAGGCAUGUCCAGCUUCAACGCGGCCAUCUCCGCCGCCGCCCGGGCCCGACGCUGGCAGCUCGCGUUGGCGCUCUUUCGGCGCAGCUCACACCCCGACGCGGCCAUUGACGGGGUGAGGAGCUCCUGCGGUCCAUGUCCCAGCAGCGACUUCAGCCCAACCUCCUCACGCGGCGCGCGCUCCAGUCGGCGCAUCGCCGCGGCUUCCGCGCGGGGAGCGUCCGAGGGGAAACGAAAGGUGAGCCGAUAAGCAGAUGGGCCCCAGCAGCCUU